CAUCACUAUAUAUACACUUAGCUGGCUGCGCCCGCCCCAUUCUCCUUGAGCGCUCUGUCCAACACCAUUCAAAGCACUCAACGAUGAAGAAGACUUCUGUGCUUCUCGGCCUUACUUUCACCUUUCUCUUUUGUGGAGUUCACCCGGCGACGAUAACUUUCACAAACAAUUGUCCAUACACAGUCUGGCCAGCAACCUUAACCGGUGACAACAGGCCUCAGCUCUCAAGCACCGGCUUCCAAUUAGCAACCAAAGAAACUCAAUCCCUCAACAUUCCAGCCCCAUUCACUGGAAGGUUUUGGGGCCGAACACACUGUUCCACCGAAUCCUCCUCCGGCAGGUUCACUUGUGCAACUGGUGAUUGUGGUUCAGGACAAGUAUCUUGCAACGGUGCUGGUGGAAAUCCACCUAUUAGCCUCAUAGAAUUCACUUUAGCAGAAAACAAUGGAAAAGAUUUCUACGACAUUAGCCUCGUUGAUGGGUUUAACGUGCCAGUAUCAGUGUCUCCACAAGGCGGGUCUGGUGAUAACUGCAUUACUGCGAGCUGUGCAGGAGAUGUAAACUCUGUCUGCCCGACAGAAUUAGCAGUUACAGGGUCUGAUGGGGGCACUGUGAUUGCUUGCAAGAGUGCAUGCGAGGAAUUCCACCAGCCAGAAUAUUGCUGCACAGAAAACUUCAGAAUCCCAGAAACUUGUAAACCCACAACUUAUUCAAUGAUCUUCAAGAACCAGUGCCCUCAGGCUUACAGCUACGCUUAUGAUGAUUUAACUAGCACAUUUUCUUGCAGUGGUGGAGCUAAUUACGCCAUCACUUUCUGUCCGUGAUGAAGACUUUAAAUAAAGUUCAUCUAUUUUUUGACAACAGGUAGAAAAGUAGUGAAUUAAAUAAAAGAAAAGUCUCGACAGACUGGACAGAGAUUAAUAUUGUUAUUGAUAAUUAAUGUGUAUGAAUAAACAGUUAAGCAAAAUUUGAUAUCGUCA